CAAAAACCCUAAUCGUCACACCCCCACUGUAACCUUGGAACCACCAACCUAACAACAACACUUUGUCUUUCCAAGCCGCCAAUUUUGAUUCUAGAAUCUUCUUAGAUUCAUCAAUCGUGUCACCCUUUCUUGGGGAAAUAAAAUUUUUCUUCUUUUUCUGUUGGGGCUCUUCAACGGAGCAAAUCUACAUUAGGGUUUUGUCGAAUUGAGACAAGAAAUCCAUUCUCGCAAUAAAAAGCGGUGACUUCAAUACCCAGUUUGCUAAAAUUCUGUGUGUGUAAUUCUUAUUCUGUGUUUCAAUGGCGGAGGAUAAGAAUGGAGAUCGAAGUGAGGUGAGUGAUUAUUCGUCGGAGGAUGAGGGGACUGAAGAUUACAGGAGAGGAGGGUACCACGCAGUGCGUAUUGGGGACACCUUCAAGAACGAUCGCUAUGUGGUGCAGAGCAAGCUCGGUUGGGGUCAUUUCUCCACCGUUUGGCUCGCAUGGGAUGCUCAGAGAUCACAUUAUGUAGCUCUGAAAAUUCAAAAGAGUGCUCAGCAUUACACUGAAGCAGCAAUGGAUGAGAUAAAGAUCCUUAAACAGAUUUCUGAGGGAGAUCCAGAUGACAAAAAGUGUGUUGUGAAGCUUUUGGAUCAUUUUAAACAUUCAGGGCCAAAUGGACAGCAUAUGUGUAUGGUUUUUGAGUACUUGGGAGAUAAUCUAUUGACCCUAAUCAAAUACAGUGAUUACAGGGGAAUUCCUCUUUCUAUGGUCAAAGAGAUCUGUUUUCAUAUCCUCGUUGGUCUCAAUUAUUUGCAUCAUGAGCUUUCAAUAAUUCACACUGAUUUGAAGCCAGAGAAUGUAUUAUUGUUGUCAAUGAUUGAUCCAUCCCGAGAUCCUAGGAAAUCUGGUGCUCCACUUAUCCUUCCAACCGGAAAGGACAAGGUUGCUGCUGAGCCUGUUCUCUCUAAAGACAUUAAAAAUUUGAACGGGGAUUUAACCAGGAAUCAAAAGAAGAAGAUCCGUAAGAAGGCUAAGAAGGCAGCUCAGAUUUGUGUAGAAAAUGAAGCUGCUGAAAAUGUCAUAGAUUCAAAAAAAGAUGGUGAAGAAGAGUCUAAUGCUGGUGCAAAGUCCAAUGAAGAUUCAGUUGAGGGGCACCCCAACAUUUCUAAAGUUACAGAUGAAACAACAAAGGGUGAUGGGGUCCAAGACCAUAGUCAGGGAAAUUCGGGUAAUAAAAGGGGUAGUCAUGCAGCAAGGCAAAAGCUUUUGGCUGAAGUUGAUCUUGAAUGUAAAUUGGUUGAUUUUGGAAAUGCUUGUUGGACGUACAAACAAUUUACAAGUGAUAUUCAGACAAGGCAGUACAGGUGUCCAGAGGUUAUCCUUGGAUCCAAAUACUCAACUUCAGCGGAUCUUUGGUCCUUUGCUUGCAUUUGCUUUGAGCUUACUACAGGCGAUGUUCUUUUCGAUCCUCACAGCGGUGAAAACUAUGACAGGGACGAGGAUCACUUGGCUUUGAUGAUGGAGCUUCUAGGAAUGAUGCCACGCAAGAUUGCACUAGCUGGUCGCUAUUCCCGGGAUUUCUUUAACCGAUAUGGGGAUUUGAGGCACAUUCGUAGGCUGCGCUUUUGGCCUAUUAAUAAGGUGCUUAUGGAAAAGUAUGAUUUUAGCGAGCAAGAUGCAACUGACAUGGCUGACUUCCUCAUGCCAAUACUUGAUUUUGUCCCUGAAAAGAGGCCAACAGCUGCUCAAUGCCUUAGUCAUCCAUGGAUCAAUGCAGGGCCACGACUUCUUAAACCUUCCAUGGCUGCUACUGAACCUCAGCACACUGAUGGGAGUGCAUCUGAAAAGGACAGAAGGGAGAAGGAUGAAAGGGAAGCUAUGGAGGUUGGAGUGGGGAAUAUAGCAAUUGAUGGGGUUGCAAAGCCAUUGAAAGAAAAAUCCACUAAAGUUGAAACGCUUGAUUCCAAAGCAGUAUUGACCCCGUGAUUUCUUAUCAAAUGCAUUUUUUACUUUUGCACGUGUAACUUUGCCAGAAUCUGCUUGGCAUCUGUUUCUCUUUUAUUUGGUUCUUUAAGAGAAAUGUUCCCUUCCCUUCAUGCCUGAGAUCCAAAUAGUUUUCGGAUGACACAUCUUGAUGGGUGAUGAGCCAGUGGUUAGCUGAGUUUUGGACGAAUCUCUUGCAGGCGUGUAUCCAAAUCUUGUGGCAAAACCUCGUUCCUUGUCAAAUGGAAACAAAUGGGUCUAAUGCAGUCCCAUUUUUCUGUAUAAUUUAUGACUCCUAGAAGGUUUUUGUAUCGAACCGUUGGGUGCCCAAUUUGAAAUGAAAUUUUUUUUAUUCU